AUGACUACACGAAGAAAUGGUGGAAGGAGACAAUUAGAAGAAGCAGUAGAAGAAGCUGUAAAAGCUCCUUUUACAAGACAAAUCCAAAGGGCAACGAUACCGUCCAAGUGCAGCUUACCAGUAUUUACUAGUAUAUUUGAUGCAAGUUCUUAUGCAAUACAACAUGUGAAAGCCUACACUCGAUCUCUAUUGCAAUGGGAAAAUAAUGAUGCAGUCAUGUGUAAAUAUUUUGCUGCGAUCUUGGCCGGAGAAGCUUUGAAAUGGUUUGAAGGGCUACCAGUAGAAUCCAUUGGGUCAUUUCACCAUUUACAGAAAGUCUUUUUAGGACAAUACAUCAGCAAUAAUAUGUCAAGACCAGGGACUGAUACGAUAACAAUGUCAGAAUUGCGCGUUCAAGAAGAGUACAUAGCACUUGAAGAGAAACAAAGAGAUGUGGAGUCGUACCCAGUUGCAAUACCAGAUGUGAAGGGUAGAAAUGUAAGUUUACUUCCAAGAUUGACAAAUACUGUUGCGAGUACAUCGCAAGGGAAUCAAGGAAGGAAUGUUGCAGAAAUGGAACAAAAACUGGUAGCCAUGGGUAGUGAAGAUCAAGCAGAGUUUGAAAAGCAACAUCAAAAUCGCGGAGUGGAUAAGAUAUGGGAAGCUGCCAUCCUAAUGGAAGAUAUUCCAGAACCACAUAAUGCAAGAGACGAACCACCACCAGGGAGGAGGAGUAAAGAAUUAUGUGUAUAUCAUAGAUUUCACGGUCACACAACAACUAACUGCAGAAAUGUAAGGAAAAUCAUAUUAAGGAUGAUUGAACAGGGAAAGUUGAACCAUUUUUUAGCACAACCAAAGAAUUUUCCACCACCACCACCAAGGGGAAAUGAGUAUAAAGUGGAUAAUGGAAAGAAUGCACAUAUAAUUGAAGUAGGUGUGAAAGCGAAGAACUUGUAG